UGCCAUCAGAAAGUUAUUGCAGGGAGGUGACAAGAUCACAUUUUGAGAAGAAGCUGGAAAGAAGCCCAAGUGGAUUAAGAAGCCCCGGAUGAGGACAGGAUCUCUGGGGAGAAACUCUAAGGUAUGAUGAGUACCUUCUGAGUCUCAGGAUGGUGGGAAUUAGCCAGUGGAUUGCAGGCAUGUUGUGGAAGUUGCUGAUGAGAUCCCAGCCCUGCAGGCUCUGUUCUUUCAGAAAGAUGCUAUCAGCUCCAAAAUACACACCUUUUCUAGCAUCCUUCACCUAUACAACUGAUAAUCAGUCAAAUAGAGAAAAUAAAAAGACAGUAGAAAAGCUCUAUAAAUUGUCAGUUGACAUCAGGAAAAUUCGAAGAUUAAAAGGAUGGGUACUUCUGGAGGAUGAAACCUAUGUUGAAGAAAUUGCAAAUAUUUUACAACAGCUAGGUGCCGAUGAGACUGCUGUAGCCACUAUCUUGGAACGCUGCCCAGAAGCAAUUAAAUGCAGUCCACCUGCUGUUAACACCCAGAGAGAACUCUGGCAGUCGGUUUGCAAGAACGAGAAAGAGUUAGUUAAGUUAAUAGAACAGUUUCCAGAAUCUUUCUUUACUGUUCAAGACCAGGAAAACCAGAAGCUGAAUGUCCAAUUCUUUCAAGAGUUGGGAUUCAAAAAUGUGGUCAUUAGUAGGUUUUUGACAACUGCAUCUAGUAUUUUUCACACUCCUAUUGAGAAGAAUAAGCAAAUGAUAAAUGUUCUUCAAGAGAGUUAUCUAAAUUUAGGUGGCUCUGAGGUCAACAUGAAAGUUUGGCUACUAAAAUUAUUAAGCCAAAACCCAUUUAUUUUGUUAAAUUCUUCUGCAUCUAUAAAGGAAACACUAGAAUUUCUCCAGGAGCAGGGUUUUACAAACUUUGAAAUUCUCCAACUUCUCUCCAAACUCAAAGGAUUUCUGUUUCAACUUUGCCCAAGAAGUAUACAGAACAGUAUGUCCUUCUCUAAAAAUGCUUUUAAAUGUACUGAUCAUGACCUGAAGCAAUUAGUUUUGAAAUGUCCUGCCCUUUUAUAUUAUUCCGUUCCAGUUUUGGAAGAGAGAAUUCAGGGAUUAUUGAAAGAAGGAAUUUCCAUAGCUCAGAUAAGAGAGACGCCAAAGGUUCUUGAAUUAACGCCACAAAUAGUACAGUACAGGGUAAGGAAACUGAAUUCCUUAGGCUAUAGAAUAAAGGAUGGAUAUCUAGCAUAUCUAAAUGGAACAAAAAAAGAGUUUGAGGCUAACUUUGGUAAAAUUCAGGCCAAAAAAGGUAGGCCAUUAUUUAAUCCUGUGGCACCAUUAAAUAUUGAAGAGUAACUUGCUGACUGAUGCUUCUUUCUAUCAGUGCUGAGUAAAACCGAGUAGCAAAAACUUAAGUGAUUCAGGCAUAUUGUGGGCACCAGUAAUUUUAAGAACCUACUUAGCUUCUGAGUUGUGUUUAAAUGACCUCUAAGUAGAAAAUUUCUCACUCAGUUGCUGUACUUAAAAAUAUAAAUUGCAUUUAUUUUAAAUAAAGUUUGUAAUUUUGACCUUGAGCUAUUUUAAAAAACUAUUAAAUGGUCUAUCAGUGUGAU